UACAUGUAUACAUACAGUGUACACGCACGCCAAUUUAUUGUGUCACAUAUGCAUAAAUCACAGACUCAAGCCAACUUCAUAUUUGUCCUUUCUUGGCUCUACUCAAUUUUUUCUCACAUUUCAGAUUGACCUCAAACAAAAAUGAAACAGAAACAAUUAAUUUCCUGCAUUGUGAAGUCCUUGGUUAUGGUGGUUUCUGUUGUGGAAACUGUUAUCCAGCCCACGUCAACAUUGGUCACUGUCAAAGCUGCCAGGCGUCAGCAUUGGAUGAUAUCCUUGACGUUCACACACACAGGAAGACGAGUAACCUUCCUUUAAAAUGCGCGUGGACCCUUGUUUGCACGUUCCUCGUGGAUCAGCUUCAAAAGGGACCAGCCAUUCAAGUGUGGCUGAUGUGUGGUAUUCAGUGUUGAAGAGAUGGGAACUGGAGCUUCAUCAUCCAGCAGCUUAGAGUCAGAUUGUAGAUGAACAUCACGUGUAUGCACUGUGUUCAUACAAAGUGUUUAAUCAGCCAUCCUCUUGUCCAGUCGCGUGCCCGUGUCAUCGCUGUAUGAAGACACACACUCACUCAGCUAACAUACAUGUACAGUAACACGGCAGUAUAGUGGCAUCGAUCAGUCUGAAAUCCCGCGAGCAGCAAGACCAACGGCACCAUCCUUACAGCCCAGACUAGCCCUUAGAACUAAAACAGGAACCAAGCAUUUUAGACGACAGAUUGGAUUUCUUUUGAUGGCUGCAAUGCAGACGGAGGCAGAAGAGAGAAGUGGGCCCAGCAAACAACUGAUAGGCCGCCUACCAUGGGCCAGCCAGAAUCUCUCCAAAUCUCUUGGCGGUGGUAUGCGUCAAGGGGACCAGUUUGGCACUCCGUCCUACCCUUCACCCCUAGACAGGAUAAGGACAAGCAAGAGGGAAAAGGCAGCUCAGAUUGGGUUGAGUCAGUCACUCAAUGCUUCUUUUGAUCUCAAGUCAUUUCCAGCCACGACCGAAGUCAAAUCAAAGAAAGAUGAGUGUCCAAUCACAGACCCUGUGUGUAUGCUGGAGAAAUUCAAAGGCGAUGGCUUGGACACAUUCAGCUUCUCAGCAGGUCUUUCUAAGGGCAGCUUUGCCCCUUCACCCACCCCUCAACUCAACCUGUCUCUGGGCCAGUCAUGGUCCUUCUACAACUUUGUUGGAGGCGGUCAAAUGGGGUCGUCCUUCCCGAAUACGGUGCGAAACCCAAACAAGGCUAUUUUGACAGUGGAAGCCAAGACCACAAAGAUCCUUGUGGCCAAUGAAAUGGCCUGCGAGUUGUUCUGCUACAGUUCCAAGGAGCUGGUUGGCAUGAAGAUGUCAAGUUUAUUGUCCGUCAACGACCGUAAACAGCCCGAGGCACUUUGUGAACAGCACCUAGAGAGCAAUGGAGAAGUCGUUAUGGUGUCUGGCAAAGUGUUUGAUGCAGUCGACAGCAACGGUUUGGUCAUCCCCGUCUCACUCUGGAUGAAGAAACUCACGUCAGAUGACAAUCCUCGCUGCCUAGUUGUCAUGGAGCCGGUCGAGAGAAGUUCUGCCAACUUCUCCUUUGAUAGCAAGGGCCACAUUGUGGAAGCAGACCAGCAGUUUGCAUAUCUCCAUGGUUUCUCCUCUAGCAUAGAUAUGAUUGGUUUACACAUCAAGCACCUGAUUCCAUCCAUCCUGCUACCAUCCAGUGGUGCAAGACUGCCAAAGGAGGUCAAGAAACAACGGAUCACCGGAAGGAACAAGGACGGCAGUAGCUUCCCCAUGAGCCUUCUGAUCAAGAGCCAAACGCCUCCGUCUAUCCCAGAAGAAGCUGACAAUGGCACAGAGGAGAGCCUCAAGGAAGAAGACCAGUACAAGCCAGUGGGGAUGGUGUAUCAAGCUAGCAUCUGGGUCUUUGCCAAUAUCAGCGGCAUGAUCUCAUUUCAUCAAGAUGGGACUAUUCACAGUGUCAACAACAAUUUCUCUCUCAUGUUGACUGGCUACUCGCAGCAGGAACUUGUUGGAGAGCAUAUCACUUCGCUAAUACCAGAGUUCUACGAGCAUUUGGAUCUGAUUGACGAUGGAUCCAUGCCUCUACCGCCAUUUGAUGACGAUGAUGAUGAGAUCAUACCUUACCCUAGUCGGCCAUCAUCUGAGCCAUUGAUGCGUCCAGACAGCUGGCAAUCACAUCCAGAUACUUUUGCUCGCCAGAUAUCUCUCGAUCCCAGUGCCCUGAGCUCCACCGCCUACAAUCCAGUCGCUGCUCAGCUACUAGAAAAUCAAAGAGCAAAGCAAGAGAAUGCCGCCAACCUAGCCAAGUCAGCUUUGCCGGAGAGCCCUCAGCUAGAUACAGAAAGGAGCCUAAGUGAGGGGAAGGGUAGUGCCAGAGAUCUCAUACUACCCGAUCUGGUUUUAGACAGGCCAUCAACAGCUGACCUCCUCAAUGAGGCAGAUACGAUCUUCCAGACAAUUGAUGGGAGUAAACACAAGGAGGGACAUCGAUCAGAGAGUGCUUCCACCAAUGAGUUGCUGGAGAAUGUGCCUACAGUAAUAGAAGAAUGCGAGUCUGAUGACAGUAACCAAAGUCCCCACAGGUUUUUAGGAGUGUCACCCCCUGGCAGCAGUCAUGCCAGCAUGGAAGUUAACUUCAGUGGGACCCCUGAUGGUCUGAGUGAUAUCUCCUCCCUAGGGUUCGAGUCCUCGGAGCGAGGCAGCAUUAGUGAAGAUGUCAUAAUAGGCGAGGACAUCUUCAGGAAAAAGAACUCCAAUUCGGACCUGACAACCCAGAAGGCUUACAGUCUUACCACCCAGAAACUGAGAGAGCAUGCCCUGCUAGAAGAGAGGUUACAGAGGAGAGCCUGGGAUGAAUCAGUUGAAGACGAGGUGAAAAGCAAAGAAGAAGCAGAUGAGGAGAAACAAACAGAGAGAGGUGACGAAGAGUCUGGAGAUAUCUCCAAGACAGAGGCAGAUGAUGGCAUUCCUGUAACUGUUGAUGUAGAGACUAAAGAGAGCCCUGGUGGAAAUGGUGGAAGCACAGAGACAACGUCAGACCACAUCGGUGAAAGCCAAAUUCAGAAUGAGAACCAGCGCGAAGAUGAGAAGGAUACUCCAGAUGUAAGUUCAUGUCAAGUUGUGCCUCCCCUGAGGAACUUAGCGAGGAGAAGUGUGGACUCCAUGUCAGACUCAGACCCCAUGAGCCCAUCCAGAUGCGACGAUGGUUCCUCGGUGCAGAGUGAGGAGGAGGUGCUGACAGCCAGGAGAGUUAGUGGUGGGUCUUCUGGAGGAUUAUCCAAACAGCAGGUCAGCUCAAAGCUCCUGGAAAAAAGUGUCAGUUUUGACGAAGGGCACUCGGAGAUUGGCUCGGAUAAAAGGACAGCUGGGAGCAAGCUAGAAUCAACACCCCCUGGGGCACCAAGGGAAGCUUGGAGCUUCUCUGAAGAAGACAGAGGAUGUGCCACAAACAACAACAAUGUCAACUUAAACAACAGCAAUUUUCCAACGGAGAGGACACCUGCACGAUUGCCGUACCAAGAAAGCAUCGAGAAAGCUAUGGGAUUGGCAACAUCUACACCAGGUGAUAAAUAUAUGCGGCAAACAUCAGGAGUAUCAUUACCUUCCAUACCAGACGGAAGUUUCACUGGUCAAUGCAAGCACAGAGAUGGAUCAUAUCUUGGUAUUAUUUUCCAGAUCAAGUGUGUUGAGCUGAAUGAUAAUACUUCACUGUACUGCAUGUGGAUUUCUCGCGACCCCUCGGAUCCUGGGGAAGGUGGUCGCUGUACCUCCAACCUAACACUGGCAUCCAGUUUUAGUAGCACCUUCAAUGCAUCGAUCAGUGCAGUCAGCCUUGGAGAGGUGGUGGCUGCCAAAGCCAGCAAUCAGAGCACGUCGUCUUGCCCUGACGAUGAGGAUAACAGUCUCAGCCGAGGUCCUUAUGAGGAGAAAUACACAACGUUGCAGUCCAUUGGUAAAGGAGCCUUUGGCUUUGUCAAAAUGGCCACAAGAAAGCAAGAUGGAACCCUGGUGAUUGUCAAGUUCAUCCGCAAGUCCAAAAUUUUGAAAGACAACUGGGUGACUGAUGAUGAGCUUGGUCGAGUACCGCUGGAGAUUGCUAUGUUGCUGAGAUUCAGUCAUCCAAACAUUGUCAAGGUCCUAGACUUCACUCAGAAUGAAGACUUCUUCCAGAUGAUAAUGGAGAAACAUGGUUCCGGUAUCGAUCUAUUUGAGUUCAUUGAUCGUCAGCCUAUUCUUGACGAGGCUCUUGCUAGCUACAUGUUCAGACAGGUGGUUUCAGCUGUCUCCUAUCUCCACGACAAUAGCAUUCUUCAUCGAGACAUCAAAGACGAGAACUUGAUCCUAGAUGAGCGAUUCCACAUCAAACUGAUUGACUUUGGUUCGGCAGCUUACAUGAAACCGGGGAAGCUGUUUGGCACCUUCUGUGGGACGCUGGAGUACUGCUCUCCUGAGGUGCUCCUGGGAAACAAAUACAAAGGUCCCGAGUUGGAGCUGUGGGCCAUUGGUGUCACAUUGUACACUCUCAUCUUCCAAGAGAAUCCUUUCUAUGAUGCUGAAGAGAUCAUACAGGCUAUCCUCAAGCCUCCAUUUGGAGUUUCUAAUGAUCUGAUGCAGCUGAUCGCAUGGCUGCUCCACCCAGAACCAGAAUGGCGAUGUACACUACGCGAUAUGCAGAACCAUCGCUGGAUAACGCAGCCUGUGGACAUGUCCAGGUACUCAUGGGAGAGCGUGUUACCCCCGGAAGGCCACAGGAGCAGGACUUGUUCCAGCAUUGAAGAGUGUGAUGCUACCCAGGAACAGGAACAUCAUUCUGACAGUGACUUAAUGUUAAGCAGUGAGCUGUUGAAAUGCCUGGAGAUAACAGAUGAAGGAGAUGUGAAGGAGUGACAUAGUUUAGUAUCGUUACUGGAUAGGAAUAGUCAGAUAUUAAGUUCACUUCUUAAAGCUGACGGUUCGAGGAGCUUUUCAAAUACUAGUAGGUAUUGCGAGUAAGGAGAAAUCAUCACUGAGUGAUAGAGGACUUGGAAACAAAUGCAGAAAGCCCAAACAAAAGUAAGCUAUAAGGUAACUUCCUGGGUGAAAUUACUUCAAAGUCCUGGCAAGGUGUUGAAAGUUUCCUUACUAGGAGAGAUGGGAUUGUUAAGAAAAAAACCAAGAAAUGUUGCGAGUUGUUCAGUGAGAACUAUUCUGAAUUCAACAAUGGUUACAGACAAGCUGAGUGUUUGCUAGGUAUUUCGAUUUUAGAUUAUACCUUUUGAAAAUUGAAAUCCCAGUGUGCUGUGAUUGGAACAUAUUGAGAUCUUAACAAACCCAGCAACUGAAAUAAAAGUCCUCAGUCUCAUUCCCAUCCACAAAAUUAAAACUUUGCAUUUGAUAGAGCAGUAUUUUUUAUUUCUUUCUCAACCAGUGUUAAAAUGUAUUUUGGUGCAAUUUUUCUGUAAAAAUGUAGGCUUAGCUAUUCAAGACGGGGAUACAUGUAUACAAAAACCAGACCCAUGUUUCAUCAUUUCUGAAACCCGAGGUCAAGUUACAUGUAUGUUUGAAUUCUUAAGUAUUUUCCCACAAUAAACCAAGUUGUUUACAGUCUGAAGUAUUAUAUUUGACAAGACAGGAUGGGCAGGGUUUGUUUUGGAUGAUUUUGCACUGUGGACUUUGAUUCUAUUCUAACAUUGAUUAAAUAUUCAGAAAUCCUCAGACAGUCUCCCUAGUCAACAACGUGCAACUUGACCGUGUAUUAACAUUUGAUUAUGUCCCCUGAGAAGUGAUAAUGCCUGCUGCGUAAAUCAGGCCUUUACACCUGUAUACAAGAUGGUUUAAUUGAUUCUGAUUGGUCAAGAGUCUGUGAGCAUGCGGCUUGCCACGCGUGUGCCAAGUCCAUAUAAGAAGAUUCUAUUGGAUAACUUGUACAAGGAAUAUACCAUAAAACAGACGGGCAUGCUCAGGAGAAUGAAAGUAAAAUUCUAGAACCCUGUGGUUGGAAAUUAUGGAUUGACUUCUUUUGACUGUCUGAAAUUGUAUUUAUGAAUGGGAAUACAGAUGUGUUUGGUCGGUCUUAAUGCCCGAGCCGCGUGCCCAUUCUCCCGAGACUGGCCAAGCCCAUAUUUUUUCACUUAUUCGUUUUUAACCAAACGUUUUGUCUAGUUAACAUUUUCUGUCUCACAAAGAUAAGCAAAUGUCUCAUAGCUUUUUGUGCAGGUAUUGCUGCUGUUACAUGAAUUUCUAUCGGUGAUUAAAUUUUAAGAAGUGGCACAUGCACGAGCUUAUUGAAAAGCAAAAGAAGCAUACAUGUAUAUGAAGACUUGUCCGUGUUAGAAAAGGCUGUGGCAGAAUUCAACUUGAGCCGCAUCAAAGCUUAAGGCUCAAUUGAAAUUGUUUCUAGUCAUGGAAGACACCUUGAAAAAGACUACUGUAUUCCUUGAUUUUUUUGUUUGACCAAACCUAUUAGACUUACAUUCUCAUUCCAGACAGAAAUUUGAUGAAUUAUAUUUUGAAGUAAAGUUUUUACUGUCCUGUUCUCAAUAGCAUCAUUCCUGUUCAUAAAAGUGUGUGUUGUGCCAAAGGUAAUAUUUGUGGGCCUCUGUUGUUCCCACAGUCCUGCACAGGAUUUAAAAUCUAUCUGUAAAUACUGUUUGGUCAAUUACAUUGAGGAUGUCAAACAAAUUGCACAAGUUGGACUUUGAGAGAAACUGGACUUUUUAAUGAGAGCAUUUAUUGUACAGAAAGUUGAAAAGCAUUUUUGACAGGACUUUGUUCUGAAUAUAAAUUAUUGGUGUGUAAAUAUCUGAAGAAACCGCUUGGUUGCAGUUUUAGAUUUCGCUCUGGAAGUGUUAUUUGUCAAUUUUUGUGGAAUUAUUUUGCUGAUUAGUGGUCAGUUUUUGUUGGUAGAUUAUUAUAUAUUUUUUUCUGGUAAUGACAUCAAGGAUUCCUCAAAAGAACCCUAGGCACUGUAGCUGGCAAGCCAAAAGAAACCUGUAAAGAGGAGACACUGAGAAGCAGUUACAGUUUUAGAGGUGGGAGGAAAACCCCAGAGGAAUAUUCUGGGUAAAACCCAUGGAAUCAGGU